UGGCGGCCACGAGGCCUGGAGGGGGAGAGGCCGCAGAGCGCAGGAGCGGGGAGCAGCGAGCAUGGCGAGCCCAUGGGACAGCCCUUCGAGCAGCCUGUGGGGCACGCUGGGGCAGGCCUCCAACGUGGCGCAGCUGGUCGGCGUGGACGCGCUGGGGCUGGUCUCCAUGGUCGUGCAGGCCGCCCUGGCGGCGCGCCGCCACCGGGACGCCUGCGUGCGGCUCGCGCAGCACGUGGAGCUCGUUGGCGACCUGCUCAGGGAGCUGGAGCUCGCGGAGCUGAUGCGGCGGGAGGCCACCAGGCGGCCGCUGGAGCAGCUCCGCGGCGCGCUGCGGCGGUGCUACGAGCUCGUCACGGCGUGCCAGGACUGCGGGUACCUCCGCCGCCUGCUGCUGGGCGCACGGAUGGCGGACGAGCUCCGCGCGGCGCAGCCCUCGUCGACAAUUCUACAGCAGAUAGUCGCCGUGUCAAGGCUGAUGAGGGGGUGCUCACUGUAGUCACAGAUAGUUCAAAUCGUCACAUCAGGCUUCCAAACAAAGCAGCUACAAAACUCUGCGAUAUUGGAGAACACCCAUUUGUAGAUUAUCUGUGAGUCAGGAAAAGUGGACAUGUGAGAACAGAAUAUCGUUGACAUUAAAGAACUUGUGGAGCUUUGUACCCGUAUGGAAGAGGCUUGCGCGGGAUUCACAAGGUUCGAUUUCUGUCAGAUCUUGGAUGCUACAGAGAAUUUCUCAGAGAAGAUGAUAAUUGGAUGGGGAGGAUUUGGGAGGGUGUACAAGGUAAGCCAAUAUAGAAACAAGUUAACAAAGUGAAUGUGGUGCAUCCAUGGGAAAGAAAGGAUUCUAGUGUAUGAGUUCAUGCAAAAUGGUUCCUUGGAUCGUUACCUAUGUGAAUAAACAGACAUCCUCAACUUGACAAGCAGCAACUAAGAUCUGUAGGUGCACACACUACAAACACAUCAGGAUCUCCAAAUAAACGCUGUUCUGGAUUGAAAAAAGACCUUGAUGCACCUGAACAUCCAUGCUCAGGUAAGAACUCUGAACUGAAGGUGGUCCUCUUUGUGUGCGUGUGUGUGUGCCAUAGAACUCUGAACUCUGACUUGAAAAAAAAAAAACUCUGAACUCUGAACUGAAGCAGAGAGACAUAGUAAUCAGAAGCCAUUAGUGCUAGUUGGAAAGAUUCAUCUUAUACUCGGAAUUCAUUAGUGCGCGUUUUAGCCAUGCCCCGGCCGACUCGGAUUCAAAAACCAAAGUGCCUGGGACGACUUCGACUCGGAUUCAAAUUGCUUGCCGCCACUUCUUUCUCUCCCGCGUCUCUUCUUUCUUUCUUGAUCGCCCCGUUUCCCCCAAAUCACGACCCAUCUGACCUCGCCCACCGAUCAGCCUCCCUCGAUCCAUCUUCCUCUCUCUCUCCACACCGGGUCGUUGCUCCUCGAUCAACUCCGCGGCCGCGACCAUGGCCGGCACCACGGUGCUCCCGUCGUCUCUGCUCCCGCGCCGUAGCGCCGUCGACCUGCACUCCUGCUCCUCCCGCGUGAUGGCCAACCCCGCCUUGAUGGCCAACCCCGCGGCUGCCAAGAAGCCAAAGCGCCCCGGAUCCGUGCGCGGCCAGCAACCGCCGCCGGCGAAGCGCGUACGCGGUGCCUGCUCCGGGGGCGAGCUCCAUGUCGCCGUCCCCGCCAACAUCAAGAACGGCAGCAAGCUUCCGUCUCCCAGCAGCGGCAAGGAUCCGCUCCACUCCUCCGCAAUCAAGAACCAGGUCUCCGAAUCUCCGGCUGCCGCGACGCAAUCGAAGCCGCAGAUGAGCAUGCGCGAACUGAUCGCGAACGCUCGCCUCACCAUGGCUCGCCUCGACAAGGCUCGAUCUGCCUCCAAACAAGAGGCCAGCCGUCGGCAGGAGAUCGAGCGCAGCAGAGCAGAGGCCCGGCGAAAGGUGGAGCAGAUGACGGACACCGUGCAGUUCAACGACCCCUGGAUCCAUCACUCCGACGUGACCAAGUCCCCUGAGGAGCUGCUCCAAGCAAGACAGCACGCAUGGCGUUAUCAAGCUCGCCUCCUCGAGAUGGCUCGUCGACGGGACUUUGCUCAAGCGAUGCAAAUCCACGGAUGACUGCAGUGCACGGGUGAUCGAAGCAGAGGAAGAAAUUGCAUCAGAGGAAGCAAAGCAGAGGAAGCAAAGGAACCAAUUCCUUUCUUGAGUCCGUGUGGGUGAGUUAAGCUAGUCCUUCCUAAACCAUUCACACAUGAGUUUCAUUUAAUCUUUGCAUCUCUAGGUUCUGCACUUAAUCACCAAGAUUUCUAGUGUUCUUUCAAUCCCUUUCAGUCAUUAGUAAUUUUACAAGAGUGUCAGCAGAGUCUCCAUCUAGCUAGGCAGCAAAAACCUUGUUAAGAUGUGUACGGCAUAGUUACACUACAUCCACACCUGGUCCUAAGUAAGGGUUUAAGUAAAUAAAGGGCAUUUUCAAUAAAUCAAAGUAAAGCAGAUGAGCCUAAAAUGGAAGCUCAUGUACUGCAAUUCCGGCACGAGACAGAGCGUAAAACGCACUCGCCGCAAAAUCCAAAAUGCCCGUUUGCUACCCGGCUUGUAGCAGGAAAAAAGGAGUAGAAUUGAACUUGUCGAUACACACAGUAAUCAUGUGAGCUGCCUAGCGUCUGGAGACUAUGCUGACUCUCCUGUAAAAUUAAUCUUGGCUGACUUGGAUUCUUAGGCAUUGGCGUCGUGGUGAGUUAAAGUUGCAGUUUCUGACGAGUAGCAUUGGUUGGUGAACUCUUGUGUGUAUGUGUGAGUGAAGCUUUGAGCUAAGAAAGUCCUUGAUGUACCAACUAUCAAGUCAUACUGUAAUCAAUUUUGGAUAUGAAUGAGAGAAUUGUUGGUCUGAAUUUUGCAGA